UGUGACCAAACAGACUUUUGUUUCUUUCUUUUUUUUUUCAAAAAAAAAAAAAUUAAAACAAAAACCGAAUCUCUUUUUCUCUGUAGGAAGAAAGAAACACAAAGCAAACUCAAAUUCUUCCUGAAACUCACUUUUAUCGUUGUAGUUUGAAAUCGAUUGGAUUCGUGAUCGAGAUCGGGUCACUGAUGGAGAAGGAGAAAGAUCGAGGAGAACCGAUCGCCAUCGAAAUCGCGACGGAGGUUCCUCCGGCGGCUGCGACGACGAGAGUUCCACGGAGGAUUCGCGAGAGGCUUUUGCCUGAAUCAAGUAACAACAAGACGGUACCUUCUGUUCAAGAUAUCGAAGACAAGCUUCUCCACGCCCAUCUUCGUAGACAGCAAUUCUAUCACAACGUUGUGAGAAAGGCCCGUGCGAAACCCAGAAGCCCAUCACGAUCGUGUGAUGAAGAGCUUGGCCAACGAAUCGAAGCAAGGCUCCUCGCCGCCGAACAGAAAAGAUUGGAGAUUCUCGCUAAAGCGCAGACGCGUUUGGCGAGACUAGACGAGUUAAGACAAGCGGCGAAGACGAGCGUGGAGAUUCGGUCCGAGAGGGAGCGCGUGAAGCUCGGGACUCGAGUGGAGUCACGCGUCCAAAAGGCCGAGGCCAACAGGAUGAGGAUCCUCAAGGCUUCCCAUCAGAAACGGGCGUCUGCGAAGGAGAGGACUUCUCAGUCGAUGAUGAGGAGGAUGGCGAGGGAGAGCAAGUAUAAAGAGAGGGUGCGCGCCUCGAUCAAUCAGAAACGUGUGGCUGCUGAGAAGAAACGGCUCGGGUUGCUUGAAGCCGAGAAGAAGAAGGCACGUGCUCGCGUCCAGCAAGUGCGCCACGUUGCCAACUCUGUUUCGUAUCAGCGUGAGAUGGAGAGGAGUAAAAUGAGGGACAAACUCGAAGACAAGUUACAGAGGGCAAAGAGACAUAGGUCGGAGUUUCUUCUUCAGAGAAGGAGACAGCGUGAUUCGAUUAGUCUCUACUGCGAUAUGAUGCAGCAAGAUGGUGAUCAUCUCUCUAGGAAGCUGUCUAGGUGUUGGAGGUGCUUUGUGAGUAAGAAGAAGACAACCUUGGACUUGGCUAAAGCUUAUGACUCUUUGAAGAUCAACGAGUCAUUACCGUUUGAGCAACUUGCGGUGCUGAUUGAGUCGCCUGCUACUCUCAAAGCGGUUAACUCUUUGCUUGAUCGCUUCCAAGUCCGCUUAGAAGCUUCUAAGAAUGUUUCUCAACCGUCGAUGAUGGAUAACAUCGAUCACCUUCUUAGAAGAGUUGCAACUCCGAGGAGGAAGAUGACGCCGAGCAAUCCGAGGAUCAGGAAAGGAAAGAAAGCUACUCCUGGUAGGAGUGUGGCCGUGACGAAGAUGUCUAGGUACCCUGUCAGAGUUGUUCUCUCUGCUUUUAUGAUACUCGGUCAUCCAGACGCUGUUUUUAACGGUCAAGGUGAUCAGGAGGCUGCUCUCAAUGACUCAGCGAAAGGUUUCUUGAGGGAGUUUAAGUUGUUGAUAAAGGUUAUCAAAGAAGGUCCUGUUAAGCUGUCUGUAGAGGAAUCGAAGCUUCGAACGUUGAGAUCUCAGUUGGACUUGUUUGAUAAGGCGUGGUGCGGGUUUUUGAAUUCGUUUGUGAUUUGGAAAGUGAAGGAUGCUCGGUUGCUGGAAGAUGAUUUGGUCAGAGCAGCUUGUCAGCUUGAGCUUUCCAUGAUUCAGAAAUGCAAGAUUACUCCGGAAGGAGAUGAUGACAUCAUGCUCACUCACGACAAGAAAGCGAUUCAGAUUCAGGUAACACAAGAUCAAGAACUUCUAACGGAGAAGGUACGGCACUUGAGUGGGAACGCAGGAGUGGAGCGCAUGGAGAGUGCCUUGUCGGAAACAAGGUCAAAGUACUUUGAGGCCAAGGAGAAUGGAAGCCCUAUGGCUCAUCAGCUCGCUUGUUUCUUUUCUCCUCCUACCGCAGCUUCAUCUCCAGUUCAACCUGCGUCUAGUUCAAGCAGCACGAGUAAAGAUAGCGGAUCAAAACGUGUGGUUCGUUCUUUGUUUAAGGAUGAUGCAUCAACCUCAUCUAAGCCCUCUAGAGUUGGUAAUGGAACUGCUGACGAGGUUUCAAAACAGAAUGAGUUGUUUGUCAACGAGCUUCUGCACGAUUGGGAUUUCAAGUUUCCUGGUGGAACCAGCGUCGAGGAUGAAGAGGACGGUCUUAAGAGGAAGGUAAAGGAGACUAUGGAGAAAGCUUUCUGGGACAGUGUGAUGGAAUCAAUGAAAGUGGAGGAGCCAGACUAUAGUUGCAUCUCUAACCUUAUGAGAGAAGUGAGAGACGAACUUUGCCAGAUGGUGCCAGAUAGCUGGAAUGUAGAAAUUACUGAAACUAUUGAUCUUGACCUUCUCUCACAGUUGCUUAGGUCUGGUACCUUGGAUGUUGAUUACCUUGGAAAGAUGCUUGAGUUUGCGUUGGCUACUCUGCGGAAACUCUCUGCCCCAGUUAAUGACCGUGAGAAUGAAAGAACCCACCAGAGUUUACUAGAGGAACUUCACAGGUUGUGUCAAGCUAAAGAUGAGUCUGGUAGUAACCUCCAUGCUGUUGCUAUAGUCAAGGGGAUCCGCUUCAUUCUUGAGCAGAUUCAGGAACUUAAGAGAGAGAUAGGCCUUGGGCGGAUAACAAUGAUGAAACCCUUCUUGAAAGGGCCAGCAGGCUUUGAUUACCUCACACAAGCUUUUGAAAAACGUUAUGGACCUUCCACACAAGCCUAUGAUUCACUGCCAGCCACACGGAGGUGGAUAUCAACUCUUUCUUCUUGCAAAGACGAGUGGGAAGAGCACACCAGUAUGCUCUCAGCUCUGAAUGUGGUAGAGAGAUCCUCCAUGGGCAUAUCUCUCAGAACUGGUGGAAGCUUUCUGUCCACAGCCAAUGCUGCAUCACAAUCAACUGUCACGGACGCUGCAGAAGGUCAAGUGUUAGAAUGCAAGGGAGAGAGAGUUGAUUUGACAGCGAGGCUUGGAUUGUUGAAGCUGGUGAGUCAGGUGUCUGGUUUAACUCUACAAGUUUUACCGGAGACUUUUCUGCUCAACCUCUCUCGCUUGAGGGGGACACAAGCUGAGAUUCAGAAGAUAACUGUAGUAACCACAAGCUUGCUCAUUUGGCGACAAAUGCUAGCGAGUGAGAGAGUGGUGAAGAGCGAAAGCGAAACAGAAAGCAUGGCAAAGAAGUUGUUGGAUCUGUUGGACGGGAAGGAAGAAGCAGGACUGAUGGAGAUUGUUGAGACAACGAUGAGUGAAGAAGGAGAAGGGAAGAAGAUUAUGAUGAGGGGAUUACUGAGGAAGAGCUUGGAAGAAGGUAACACAGUGUACGAGAGAGUCACAGGUUGUAUAUACAAAGCAUUGAGAGGAGUUUUAUUGGCUGGGAACGGUGAGAAUGGGAAGAGGUUGGUGGUGGAAAGGGAGAUGAAGAAAGUGGGAGUAGGAGGAGGAAGUGGUGGUUUGAAAGAGAGGGUUUUAGAGACGGGUCGAGUUCUUGGAGUCGUGGCUCAAGUCUCGGUCAGGGUUCAUGGUCCAUGGUUAGCUCAUCUCCUGCAGCAUUGAAAGCACCCACUCUGGUAACAUUGUAUGUAUAGCUAUUUGUAUAUAUAUAUAUAUAGUAUUUUUAAUAACACGUGUGAUGUAAUAUUAAUAAGCUGCUUUAUGAUUUGAUGAUGAUGAUGCAAUAAUAAUGCAUACAUGCUGAUUUGUAAAAACAAAAACGGCUUUGAAUUGGGUCUUCUUCUCCCUCUUUAGUGUGUAGUGUACGAAUGAAUAAAGUGUUUGGAUAGCUUGUUAAUUGUGUGUUAUUGUAUUCUGAAACGUUGUAUAUAAUGGGGUUAAUGUAAAUUAUACUAAAGCUUGCUUUCAAGUUUAUCAAUG